CCUCGUGGCGCGUGGGCGGGAAGCUUCUCGCUCGCGGCCGUCACCGCCGCCGCCGCCUGCCGCGACUUCCUCUGGGCAGAGACGCGCACGGACAGGCCCCGCGGCGCCUUCGUGACAGGAGAAAAGGAGGUGGUGGUGGUGGGCCGCGUGUGCACCCGGUCGCCAAUGUCAAGUUUGGCUGGCUGCUGUUGGACAUCAUCAUAGGGCUGCCUUUAACAUAACUCCUGAUGAAAAUUCACCAAGACAUGGAGAGAUUAUACAAGGAGCAGUGAAUGGAGUCGGAGGAAGGCAAUCGCAAGUCUUCGAUGACAGACUCUCCAGAGGGAGAGUAUCCACCGCUCAAGAAGCCCAGAAAGCUGCUGCCCAGCCUGAAGCUGAAGCUGCCGCAGGAACUGGUGCUGGUCAUUGGCACAGGUAUCAGUGCAGCUGUGGCGCCGCGCGUACCCGCCCUGAAGUCCUGGAAAGGCCUUAUCCAGGCCUUGCUCGACGCUGCCUCAGACUUCGACCUUCUCGAGGAGGAGGAGAGCCGCCGCUUCACGCGAUGCUUGCGCCAGGACAAGAACCUUGUACAUGUCGCGCACGACCUCAUCCAGAAGUUGUCUCCUCGAACAGGAAAUGUUCGCUCCACCUUCUUCAAGGACUGCCUCUACGAGGUGUUUGAGGGCCUCGAGAGCAAAAUGGAGGAGGUAGGCAAGCGUCUGCUGCAGUCGGUGCUGCGGCUCAUGGAGGACGGUGCCUUGGCCCUCACCACCAACUUCGACAACCUCCUGGAGAUCUACGGCACACAGCGCGGCAAAACCCUUGAGUCUCUCGACCUCAGUGAUGAAAAGAAGGUGUUGGAGUGGGCACAGGGCAAGCAUCCACUGAGUGUCCUGCAUGUGCACGGCGUUUAUACCAACCCCAGCGGGAUUGUGCUGCACCCCGCCGGUUACCAGAAUGUGCUCCGCAACAUUGAUGUCAUGCGUGAGAUCCAGCACCUGUACGAGAGCCGGUCGUUCGUGUUCCUGGGCUGUGGUCGAACAGUCGAUGACACCACUUUCCAGGCGCUCUUUCUCGAAGCUGUCAAACAUCGCUCUGACCUUGAGCACUUCAUGCUGGUGCGUCGGGAAGACCCGGAAAGUUUCAAGAAGCUGCGCGAGAACAUGCUGGACAAGGGCAUCAAGGUCAUCUCAUACGGAGACGAGUAUGAACACCUGCCAGAGUACUUCCAGCGCCUCGCCACUGAGAUCUGCCAGCGGGGAAGUGCAGCCGCCAAGCUUGACAAUGGAAAUGUGGAGCUCUCCUGGUUCCCAGCCUUGUUGCUACACAGAAUUCAAAACGGAGAUGAAAAGGGAAGAUUCCGUGAGCAGCGAUCAGCAGUGAUGAGUCAAGAUCUGCCGUGGCUAAAGAAUCCAAGGCCUCUUAGCGGCAGGCUGCUUUAGCACAUGACCAAGAGGCACGGGUUAUGAUGACUGUAACAAAGUGGUCACGAGAUAUGGGCUGGGAAGACAGGUGGGUUAUAAUAAGCAUGGCCUGAUUAUUAGAGGUGUUGAGGAUUGAGACGGAGGUGCAGGAGGAGGGAGAGGCAGGAACAAGUUUUAAGGGGUCAAGCUGUGAACUGAAAUAAAGCCGCGUGAUGGAAUCGAGUUGAUGAAAGACUUUAGCAUGAGAACAGGGUGCCUGCCGUCAGCUUCGAUUUAAUAUGAAGUCACCACACAGAGACCGUGCCCCCAGUUCACCGCUGAUGUGUGGGGCUGCAUGCACGACUUUGCACCAGCUACACUGUCAUACAAUACUUUGGAAAAGCCUGGAAAAGCAAGAACGAUAUACGUACAUUGGCUCAUAAAAAUUUUCAAAAAAUGCUAACGUCUACAAGCAGGAACGCUUUUAUGUUAAGGUGAUGUAUAAUGCGGUGAGUGUAGACUACAACUUGUAUAAUUUGCUUAAAUGCUCAGGUUCAUGGUUGUGGCCUCGAACUCAAAUGCAGAGUAUACCUUCGAAUGCUAAAGCUGUAGCUCAAAGCUUGACGAGGGGAUUUUUACUGAAUAAGCGUAUGCUAAAAUAUGAAUUUGUAAUGGCAAAAAACAGGGUCAUGCUUUUAAACGUGUUAAUCCUGCAAAAGAUGAGCCCAAGACUCAACAUUCUUCACAUUUAAAGGAUUUAAAAAUUAUCACUUGUGGUUGAGUCUUCUGCUGUCAAAUCACCCCUCAACCAACAUUGUACAACACUUAGAGCCACAAAAAAAGUUUUUUAUGGCUUUGUGAUAAACGACAUUUUUUAAAGUUCCCUUGGUAUACAUAUUUGUUGUGUUUGAUAGGGCUAAUACUUGACAUUGUAUAUACCAAUUUAUUAGGACCCAAAGGGACUGGUUUGUAUUUAAUGGCUACAUUUUCUAAAGUAUGUUCUGUUUGUAUGUGCUGUUUGCAUGUGUAAGUUUGUGCCAACCGUGAUGCCUGUUUCAUAAACGCAUUUUCUGCAGACAAACUGAACAGUAACUCAGCCUCUUGUCAAUUCAAGGACUCCUUUCAAACAGUUGUUGCAUUGUAGUUUUACAUGCCGUAAGAAUUGAGUGUGCAAUUGUCAUUUGGAAAAUUGUCACUCUUUUUCCAGUUUUGUGAAUUGUUUACCAUUUGUUUAAGUUGUUUAAAUUCAAGGCAAAGCGUUGCAUUUAUUUUAGUGAACACGUUCACAUUGGUUGACAUGAAACCAAUUAUACACUGAGGACUUGAAAAAUAAUAUAAAGGGAUUUUUUAAACAA